ACGAGGAGGCGGGGCCUGCCCCGGGUCACGUGAUAGCUCGUCUCGAGCGACUGGAACGGAACCGAAUCACCGGUCAAAUCCGCACCGUUUACCGGCCCAGCGCGAUCUUCCGCCUCCCGCGACGCGUUCCAGCAUCAUGUCGGCGGUGCAGCGGAUGAAAGUAGCGAACGAGAAACACAGCAAGUCGAUCACACAGAGAGGACACGUGCAGAAAACCACGCGUGUGGUGAAUGAGGAGAAGUCGCCGGUGGGUCCGUGGCUCCUCGCGCUCUUUGUGUUUGUGGUCUGUGGAUCAGCAAUCUUCCAGAUCAUCCAGAGCAUCAGGCAGGGCUUGUGAGCGUCCAUCUGCAGACGUCUGAACUCCAGCACUGAUCUUCCAUGCAGUCGUUCACUUCUUCUGUUCAGCUCUCAGUUGUUUACUGCUGAGUUUGUGUGUGUGUGUGCGUGUGUGUGAGUGUGUGUGCGUGUGUGUGAGUGAGUGUGUGUGU